ACGACCUCUCUCUUUGUGCAUGUGUAUAUAUAGGUGAAAACAGCGUGAAUCUGACGCUUGAGAGCCAUUGCUGUUUGGUGAGCAGAGAUUCUUUGGGCGAAGAGUCUCUGUAAGGCGGGUUAGGAGAAAAGUAAAUAGUGAGGAGAGAGAUUUCUUUUGGCGGUGAACAUGUCGGCUACCGGCGGAGGAGGCGGCGGUCAGGAGGAGGACAAGAAGCCCGUGGACCAGUCCGCUCACAUCAAUCUCAAAGUCAAGGGCCAGGAUGGUAACGAGGUGUUCUUUAGGAUUAAAAGAAGCACCCAGCUGCGCAAGCUUAUGACUGCAUACUGUGAUCGGCAGUCUGUUGAACUGAACUCCAUCGCCUUCCUGUUUGAUGGGCGCAGACUUAGGGCUGAGCAGACUCCAGAUGAGCUUGAGAUGGAGGACGGUGAUGAGAUUGAUGCAAUGCUGCACCAAACUGGAGGAAGUCCAUGAACGCCUUCAACUGCAGAUGCAAUUCUGCUAUAGAAUGAAAAGCCAUGGAAAAUGGAGAUAUAGACUGCUGAGUUUCUUAUCUCGCUUUAUAUAUCACAAAGUUUCUGUAAAUAAGAAUGGAUCUGAUGCAAACUCUAAAUUAGACCUGAGGUUUUUGAUUGUCGAUGAUGUUUUAAGUGGAGUUCUAUAGCAUGGUUGUGGAAGCCUUUGUUUUGUCAUGAUUCUAUGGUAUCAGUUUGACUCUUUGUUGAGAUUGGUUCUACAAAUAUGCUGUUGGUAACCACAUUGUUGGCCUUCUGGGAAAAGGAUCUCAAAAUUUGAGUUGUGAGCGCCA